UUAACCACUCACCCUUAUCUUCUUUGAUUUUAGCAGAUGUCUCUCAUCAAAAUUCAAUGAAACACAUGAAUGAAAGUUUUCCAGAGGAUUUCAUUCUCGUGGGCUUUACCAAAUAUCCAUGGUUGGAUCUUCCUCUCUUCUUUGUCCUCCUAAUCUCCUACAUGUUCACACUCUUGGGAAACAUUGCUAUUAUUCUGGUCUCUCAACUAGAUUCCCAGCUCCAAAGUCCUAUGUAUUUCUUCCUCACAAACCUCUCCUUUUUGGACUUCUGUUUCACCACCACGACUGUACCCCAAAUGCUGUUCAACUUAAGGGGUCCCAACAAGAACAUCACUUAUGUAGGCUGUAUGGUCCAGGCCUACGUAUUUCACUGGCUAGGCUGUACAGAAUGUGUCCUGCUUGGCACCAUGGCCUUAGACCGCUAUGUGGCUGUGUGUAAGCCUCUGACAUAUUUUGUCAUCAUGAACCACAAGCUCUGCCUGCUACUCUCCAGCACUGCUUGGCUCAUUGGUCUGGCCAAUUCACUACUGCAGUCCACACUCACAGUCCAGCUGCCCUUGUGCGGGAACAAGGAACUGGAUCACUUCUUUUGCGAGUUGCCUGGCCUGAUUAAGAUGGCUUGCGUGGACACCACAGUCAAUGAGCUUACUUUAGCAGUGGUGGCCACCUUCCUCAUAAUGGGUCCCCUCUCCAUGAUUCUUGUCUCUUAUGGUUACAUUGCCCAAGCUGUGUUUCGAAUUCCUUCUGCCAAUGGGAGACUUAAGGCCUUUAACACUUGUUCAUCGCACUUUCUGGUGGUGUCUUUAUUUUAUGGGCCUGGCAUCUACAUCUAUAUGCAGCCCUCAGCGGAUCACCCUCAAGACCUUAUCAAAGCUCUGACGCUGUUUUACUGUGUUAUUACUCCCAUGGCCAAUCCAUUCAUCUACACCCUGAGAAACAAGGAUGUUAAAGGCGCUUUGAGGAGACUUCUGAGGAGGGCCAUUUUGUCCAAGAGAAUAUGA